AUGACUCGCGACCGCAACGAGAUCAAAGAUCGCUCCUCGCCCUCGCCCGCUCCUACUCCAGCUCCGUCGCCUUCUCCGUCAUCUUCAAACAACGCCAGGGCCGACCAGCCGUGGACCGAUGCGGAUCGCGCCCUCAUCAUCCGCGCCCUCCUGGACACGGCGCCGCUCGGACCCGAAUUCUACAAGCGCGUCGAGGAGCUCCUUCCCGGUCGUCCGCAGCACCUCGUGAGGCUGCAGUGGAGACGCCGCAUCGAAAAGGAGAUCCGUCAGCUCUUUGGCGGCGUUCCCUCCGCCGCAGAUAGGAGCAGCGGAUCGAACGCGGGUGCGAUCGAGGGCAGCUCCGGAAAUACAGGCGACGACGACGAAGAAGGCGGAACGAAGAGCAAGAAGCGUCGAGGGUCGACGGGACGGCGGGGCAAGAGCAAGAAGGCUAGGGAGGCGUGA